AUGUCUUCCUCCACUUCACAACUCGCACCAACACUCUUCACGCCCAUCAGAGUGGGCAACAUGCACCUACAGCACCGCAUCGUUCUCGCCCCUCUGACGCGCUAUCGUGCCAUUGACGACUAUGUGCCGUCUGACAUUGCAGUCGACUACUACGCUCAACGCGCCAGCACGCCCGGUACUCUACUCAUCACGGAGGCAACCACCAUCGCGCCGCGGGCUGUCGGCUACUUCAACGUACCAGGAAUCUGGAACAACGCGCAGAUUGCUGCAUGGAAGAAGGUCACGGACGCUGUACACGCUCAGAAGUCGUUCCUGUUCAUGCAACUGUGGGCGCAUGGGCGAGCAGCGCUUCCUGAGGUCCUGCGCAGGGACGGACCGUACGAUCUUGUAGGGCCCAGCGCAAUCCCAAUGGACGAUGAACAUCAGACUCCGCGACCACUCACGGUGCAGGAGAUAAAGGAGUACGCGCAGCUGUACGCGCAAGCGGCGAAGAAUGCCAUACAGGCUGGGUGUGACGGUGUCGAGAUCCACGCCGCGAACGGAUAUCUCCUGGAUCAGUUCCUACAGACCAAGUCGAACCAGCGCACAGACGAGUACGGCGGAAGCAUAGAGAACCGCAUACGGUUCGCCUGCGAGGUUGUCGACGCCAUUGCGUCCGCCAUCGGCCCUGAAAGCACCGCGUUGCGCUUAAGCCCUUGGUCAAUUAUCCUCGGCAUGCGCAUGCCAGAUCCCAUCCCGACAUUCGGCGCGCUCAUGGAACACCUCGCGAAGCACCAGCCGCGUCUCGCAUACAUCCAUCUCGUCGAACCGCGUACAACGGGCGACGAAGACGUCGUGCCGGGCACAGACGAGAGCAACGACUUUGCGCGCGAUAUAUGGGGCCCGCGUCCGCUUCUUCUCGCUGGAGGGUUCACUCGUGAGACGGCGAUUGAGGAGGCGGAGCGUGGAAAGAUGAACGUGCUUGUUGCGGUCGGACGGCAGUUCACCUCGAAUCCGGAUCUGCCGGGACGAUGGAUGCGAGGGAAGGAGCUUACGCCGUAUGAUCGGAGUACUUUCUACACGCAGGGUGCGAAGGGAUACAGUGACUGGCCUUUCUUGCAGAAUGUCGUGGCGUAG